AGAAAACGAGACUCCAACCGAACAGCCAUAGGAACCCCUUUGAAUGCCAAGCCCGUGCAGUUGGAAGCCCUGCCGACCACCACAGACGUUCGCUUUCGUUGUAGCGUUUGAUUAUUGUUGCCUGCUCGCAAGUCAACUUGUUUAGCUUCCGUCGCACAACCCAGCUUCGUCCGACUUACAUGCCGCAGUCCUCUGGUUUCCUUCCAGCCCUGUAGGUUAGUUAUUUUAUUCAUUCAUUUUUUUCCCAGCCUCUCGCGACUCCACGGAGGCUCGUUUCUGUACUUAUCACGCCAGCUCAAGCGGAGUAGAACGUACCCGAUUUCCACUUGUUAGAUACUGGAAAACUAGAAAGCCUGCUGACAUGGCCUGCAUGAGCUUCAUGGAUGCGCUUAGGGUCGCCGCUAAGACGAAAGAAGCUCCAUCGGAGUGGUUCGGCUCCAACGGCUGGCCAGCAGAAUGCAAGGAGCCGAUUCCAAUCCCGAAUCUCAAGAAGAGGAAGCAGUGCGAUUCCGAGCCACCUCGGCUCAAGCCAAGAACUCUCCCAGUCUCAUCUGGAGCACACACCGCCUCCACCUCCUCCACCAAGCUUCUCGUUCUCCCGGACCUGGCAACUCUCAUGCAUCGGUCCGAACCUCGUUCCGAGCCUCCGUUGAUCCGUUCCAUGACAUCAGCUGCGCCGUGUCGUCAGCCGUCGGAUGAGCCUCGUUUGGUCCGUGCUUGCACUACCGCCAGCCGUGGUAUGCGCCUGGAUUCCCAGAAUGCCACAACCUCCACUCCUCAGAAUCUCGCGCUUUCUUCACGACCGGCGUAUUCUUCUGAGUGUGUACGCGCUUCUGAGCAGCCGCCGACCUCUUCGCUUUUCGCGUCCAACGGAGCUGUCAACUUCGAUUUCCAUGAUGCUGCGUCGGAGUGGGUGAAAGCCGUCGCCUCAUCCUUACGAGGAGACUUCGUCGUCCCCGAGCCGCCGGCACAGAGACGGAAUCAUCCGACGGAAUCCGUCCCAGAAUCCGUCUCCGACAAACCUGCCCAGGGGGAGCGGAGCAAGUUGCAGCAGCAGCUGGAUUUCCGCAUCCAGAUGCAGCAGAAGGAGGAUGCGAGGCACGAGAAGAAGCUCAGCCUCUCCGAAAUUCUUCAGUGGGAGGCGGAGAUGGUUUCGUCGGUUUGUCCUAAAGCCCGUCCCGCUCCUCCCACUGUUAAGAUUCCGGUCUUUGGUUUCUCGGAGCCUCUGGAGUCGAAGCCUGCAGUGCUGGCUCAAACUGCUGACGUGGAAGCCGAGAAAUUGGAUGAUAAGAUAUUUAUCGAUGAGCUACUGAUGGAGUUUGGCGUGGACGAGGAGGAAGCGACUCAGCAGCAGCAGCAGCAGCAGCCACAGGCACAAGCCGAGGAGAAGCAGCAGCAACAACAGCAGGAGCAGCAGCGCCUGCACCACGAGCCGCAGCAGCAGCAGCAGCAGCAGCAGCAGCAGCAGCAGCAGCAGAUGGAAGUGCAACAGCAGCAGCAAGCUCCGCCAUCAAUCCCGAAGCGUCCUGCUGCUCCGCCUCUCGUCGACGUCGCGAACGUCGCCGCUACCGCUCCGUCAAUGUUCGCCGACAUGUACUCAAUGUCCACUCCAGCCGCUGCUCCGUGCCCCACGCCCACCGGCUGGGGCUCCAACGCGUGGGAGCCUGCUGUUCCGCCGACCCCCUCAGGCAUCCCCCCCACGCCCUCUGCUCCGGCUGGCGGAUUCGCUUCGCUGUGGUCGGAGGCUUGGACUGACGGCUUUAAUGUGGACCUAUCGAGCCUCGCAGGGAACCCUGCGUUGUGGUGAUGGAUGGUGCGCGUUUCUUUCUGGUAACGGCUGGAUGAUUCUUUUCGUGGUGUUCCUCGCAUGUGAUGCGGAAAUCAUGAUGCUGCUUACUUCUACUACCGCGAAGGGCGACAGGGACGUGGAUUCGACUCGGAAUUUCUUAUUUCAGCCUGUCAUGCUGCCUGCCACUACUACCUUAUGAUUUCGGUGAGAAGCCAUUUCAUGGCCGCUCACAUGAAGGGCAUGGGCAGCCUUCAGGUUGCUAAGGCCACUCGAGGCCGGUGGCCCUGGAGACCCUUUUAAUGAUCUUUAGAGGCCGAAUAAGUGGGAAGUCGCUUUUUGUUCCCUGUGCGAGAUGCAUCACGAUUCAUGAAUAAGGUCUCAAUUUGGGCAUUAUGUUGUAAUUUAUUAAUUAUUCUUGGCACCAGUGACUGACCUCAUGUCACACUACUGCAGUUCUAUGUGUUGCAAAAUGCAAC